AUGGCUUUUAGAUUUAUUACUUUACCGCUUAAGAGACCAAUGCCGCCAAAAGAAAAUUCUAACGUUGAUCUUAAGAGUAUUCCAUCCGAUGUGAUAAAAGGCAUUCAGACAAAGCGAACAAUGUGUACUUCUCAAUUUGAAUUGUUCUGUAAUGUGUUUGAGAAGGGUGGGAAAAAUUUGAAUUCCUCAUGGAAUACCAGCGAGGGAAGAGAAAAAAUGAUAUCCAAUCUUGUGGAUGCCGUAAAUCUUUAUGCAACUGAAGUGGCUACGGUAUUAUACAAGUUUCCAGUGUUUGCUUAUGGUUAUUAUUAUUCCUGGAGUUCUUCUUUGGGAAGUAAGCAAUAUAUUGCGUUUGAUGAUUUUCGAUACGACUUGCAGUGUAUGUUUUUUAACGUUGCAGUUAUUCUUAUGAAUAUAACAGAAAAAUUACUCUGUUGGGAUAUGACACCUAGUAAUGCCUCUGCCCUUGAAAAAGAGGGAUAUCGUUACCUUUUGCAGGCAGCAGGUUUUUUCGAUCUUGUUAAGGAAAUGAGAGAGGAUGUAAGGGUAUUUUCUGUUGGUAUUACAAAAUUAGACCCACCUGAAGAAAUGACGAUUAAUUUUCUAGAGUUUUGUUAUUUUAUCGCUCUAGCCCAAGCUCAAGAAAUUGGAACUACAAAAGCAGUUGAAAACGAUUUAAAGGGUGACAAAGCACUAGUGGCAAAGUUGUCGCAUCAAGUACUUAAACUAUAUGAAGAAGCCAAAAAUGUUGCAGAGAGUAGGAUUACUUGUAGUCAAGAGAUAUACUUUAAUAUAUUAAAGUUAGUUCAAGUAAAGGUUGAUGUAUUUAGGGCUCUUACAUUUAGUCAUGCAGUUUCUACUGUUUUUGAAAGUAAUCCUAGUGAGGGCAUGUGGUUUGUAUCUCAAUUUGAUAAAUUAAUAAAAAUUGUUGUUAACCAUCGUGAUCAGGCGAGAAUAAAGAAAAGAAAAAUACCUUUUCGCGGAGACGAUAUUAUUCAAGGAUGUUGUACUAUUGUACAGAGAAAUCAAGAGCGAUGGACGAGGAUAAAUUCUAUGGUACACCGUGCAAAGACUGCGACAGGCCCAAUAUCUCUUCCUCCACCGAUGGUAUUAGCCCAGAAGAAAGAAAUGAAACUCCCUCUAGCAUUUCCCCAUCAAGUGGUUGAUAAUACUCCAAAAUUAUCUUCAAAAGAAGAACAACCUCCAGAAUAA